GCCAUGUGUCAGGCUGCUGUGAGGCUGUUUUGGAGCUGCAGCCCAUGAAUUCCCUGUUUUACCCUGUGUGUCUUGGAGUCCUCAGUGUCCUGCUGCCCUGUCACAAUGCCAAGGAGGGUCACAUCACUGAGCAGGACAUGGCUCAGUACAGGUAAGGACAUGGUAUAACUCCCACUGUGCAAAGUGUGAGAGAGCUGGCACUGCUAGUAAGGGGGAUAAUACAUUGUCAAAAAAACAUAAAAACACUGACUGCUUUUAUAACCCAUUAAGGACACAAUUGUACAAAUUUGAACUAAAAAACAAAACUUAGGAUUUUCUCUGUGUGUUUGUAAAAAUGUUAAUUUAAGAGUUUCUCUUUAAAUGCCCUCCCCCCCAGUAUUUUAAAAAGGAUUUAAUAUCCUAUAUGUAUACUUUAACAUUUAGGGUGAUUAAAAUAGAAAAAAGUGGGUUGAAAAAAAAAAACUUUUAUUUUUACAUAUUUCUGCUGGUAUUAAUUUUGACACAUCCAGUGCAACCUUUUUAAAGAUUGUUUUAAAAAUAAAUAAAUAAAAGAUUUUAGAUCGUUUGGCCAUUACCCUGUAUAUUGUUCUAGUACAGGGGUAGGCAACCGUUUAGCAGCACCGUGCCGAUAUAGGAUUGUGAUGUCACAUAGCGUGUCAGUCCUAGUUUUUAAAAUUGAGGUCUGUAUGCUGCCGUUUUCUGCUUGUGUUAUUUAUAUUGUAAUUGCUUUGUAUUUGUGCGUAUAUGAGCUAUUAUAUUGUAUAUGUUCAGGAGUAGUUUGUGGUAUCGUGUAUCUAUGAAUGUGGGCUGUGUAUGGGGAAUGCUUGUGGAAUUGUGUGUGUGGAUGGAUAUGUCACAUUGUGUGUUUGGUAGUGUGUGUGGGCUGUUUGGGGUAUUGCAUGUGAGAGGCUGCAUGUGGGGUUGUGUGCAUGUUUGUUUGUGAGCUGUUCAUAUUAUUUGUAUGAGGGGAGGGUUAUUGUGCAUUUCUGUGUAAAUCUAGCAGUGUGGGUGGCUUCCCUGGGUUCCAGUGGAGACCAGGCUGGCCAGGUACAGGUGAAGAGCAGGAGCUGCAAUAUCCGCUGUCGGCUGCUCUACCACAGUGUGGAUUCCCAUUCACAAGUGCUGGGAGGAAGUGAUCUGAGGUCACUUCCUCUACGUGCUGCAAUAUAUAAAUUGAGGAUUGUCCUUCACCACCUUUUCGUAUUAGCAGAAAUCUGAAGUUUCACUGGGACUCCUGAUAGGCUCUAGCAGCCUUGAGUGCCGUGCAUGGCACUAGUGCCGGAGGUUGCCUACCCCUGUUCUAGUAUAGGAUCAUGAUUUGUUAGAAUUAAGUAUUUGUCUUGUUCACCUAUUGCACAGCGCUACAGAAUAUGUUGGUGCUAUAUAAAUAAUUGUAAUAAGAACUCAAAAUAGAUUCAUGGUGCUGAUUGUUAAAUGUAAUGUAAAUACAAAUGGUAACCCUUACUCUAUGCGUACACAAACUCUAACACUGUGCCAGCCCUAACCUUAACCCUACAUUAACCCUAAACCAGCAUUAACCCUUGCCUAACCCUACAACUCACCCUAAUCAUAAUCCUAACUCUAAAAAAAGCCUCUCCUAAUGUCAAUACUGACAUCAGCAGUAUGUUGCUGCCAUCUACAAGCUUUUCUGCAUUACAGGAAUGUCGCUAUAAUGCUGAAAUUCAGGCAUGCCUAAUACACUCUGAUUAGUGCUGGGCAGUUUGUCAAAUCCCAGCACCGAUCAGAAUUGGCCUGGUGCCAUGUUUUGAGACCCAGUCAGGCUCUGUUCAGGCCCUGUAAGUUUCACUUGAGGUUCUAGCACAGGAGUCAGCAACCUAUGGCACGUGUGCCAUGCACGGCACUCAAGGCUGCCAGAGACAAACAGGCUCUGCCCUAUCAAAAGUCCCAGUGGGACUUUAGAUAUCUGCUAGUUCAAACAGGCUGGUCAUUACAGGUGGUUAGGGACAAUCCUUAAUUUAUCUCAGAUCAGUUCCUCACUGCACUUGUGAAUGGGAAUCAGCACUGGAGCCGAGCAGCCCACAGCAGCUAUCGCGGCUCCUGCACUUGACCUGUACUUGGUCAGCCUAGUUCCCACUGGAUCCAGGAAAGCUACCCACACUGCUAGAUAUACACGGAGCUGAAGAAUAAGCCUCACUCUCAAAAAAAUAACACAGACAGCCCAUACACAAACACGCAGUCCCACAAAGACAACAACACUGACAACCCCACAAUCAGCCUCUCACAUGCAAUACUGAAAUUAGCGCAACACAUAAACUUACCACCAAACACACAAUGUGAUACAUCAUAUAGAGACACAAUUACUCAAGGAGCCCCCAUAUACAGCCCACAUUCAUGUCUCAUGCACAAUACCACAAACAACUCAUGAACAAAUACUGUACAAUAUAACACAAUGCUACAAAGCAACUGCAGCACCCAUAAAAAACACAAGCAGAAUACGGCAACAUACACACUUUGUUUAACACAAAUAGGAUCAGCACGCCGAAGGGACUUCAAAAUCCUGUUUUGGCACAGUACUACUAAAAGGUUGCCUACCCCUGUUCUAGCAGCUGUAAAUCACCACUGCCCAGCCCCUUAAAGGACCACUAUAGGCACCCAGACCACUUCAGCUUAAUGAAGUGGUCUGAGUGCCAGGUCCAGCUAGGAUUAACCCGUUUUGCUGUAAACAUAGCAAUUUCAGAGAAACUGCUAUGUUUACCUAUGAGUUAAUCCAGCCUCUAGUGGCUGUCUCAUUGACAGCCGCUAGAGGGCUUCCGCGCUUCUCACUGUGAUUGUGAAUGCUUUCCUAUGGACUGGCUGAAUGCGCGCGCGGCUCUUGCCGCGCAUGCGCUUUCAGAUGGUGACGAGAGGAGGAGGAGAGCUCCCCGCCUGGCGCUGGAGAAAGAGGUAAGUUUAACCCCUUCUUCCCCCUAGAGCCCAGCGGGAGUGGGAGCCUGAGGGUGGGGGCACCCUCAGGGCACUAUAGUGCCAGGAAAACAAGCAUGUUUUCCUGGCACUAUAGUGGUCCUUUAAUUGAUUUAAAAGAUUGAAAGCAUUGCUCACUUUAAACAUUGCAUACAGUUCAUUAGUCAGCUUGGAACCACUAAAUGUGGCCCCAGCUGAAAAAGGGGAACAGCAGGCAUCGAUCGAUACCUGGAUCUCCCUGCUAUGAGCAGGGAUUUAACCCUACUCACACAAUGUUCUAGCAAUAGUCAUUGAAAUGACUGAGGCAGCGCUCAAUUUGAGCACAACAUACUUUGCAUCUGUCACUCUGGGGCCACAAAAAGUGUCCCCAUCUAAAAGAUGGGAGCCCCCCAGAGCCUCCCUCUCUACCUGAGAAAAAGAAGGAACACAGGGGGAAGUACCAGAAGAGAACAUGAGAGUAUUAUGGGGACAUUGUAUUAUGGAGGGAGAAUAUGUGGAAGAGAUGCAGCUACUAUGCGCGUCUUGUGAAAGGACCCCAUGUGAAGUGACAUUGGCGAACUAUAUUAUAAUGGGACUAUCUCACUCUGCUCUUUUGUUAAAAGUAGCCAAGCAUUGGUAAAAUAAAAAAAAAAUAAAAAUGGUAAAUAACCUGGGUUUCACAUUUAACUCCUUCAAGACCACAUUGCUAAAUAUUAUCCUAAGUUUCACAUAACAUGUCAAGUCUGUCAAGGUAUAUAGUUUUUGUAUCGCACAACCUUCUUAGCCAUUCGUAAUUGUAAAAUAUCUUGUUUUAUCUGUAGGGAUCGGGUGAAAGCCAUGUUCUAUCAUGCUUACAACAAUUAUCUGGAUAAUGCCUACCCGUAUGAUGAGUUACGACCUCUGACUUGUGAUGGCCAGGAUACCUGGGGCAGGUAAUGGGUCAAUAUAAAACAUAACAGAGUACAUGACUACAAGGGAAAGAUAUACGUGCCAGAGUGUAUGAGUAUGUGGCAUAAAUGACACGCAAAAAAAUAAAAAGCAUUUAAUAGGCUUGUACAUAACAGAGUGGGCAAAAACACCUAAUGUAUAGAUUAUAAUAUAUAAUUACCUAAAGAUUGCACAAGCCUACUCUGAAAUGGCUGUUAGAAAUUGAUACAUUUAUCUUCUGAUUCAUGCAAUUAUUAAAGGGACACUAUAGUCACCAGAACAACUACAGCUUAUUGAAUUUGUUCUGGUGAGUAGAAUCAUUACCUUCAGGCUUUUUGCUGUAAACAGUCUUUUCAGAGAAAAAUGCAGUGUUUACAUUACAGCCUAGUGAUAACUUCACUGGUCACUCCUCAGAUAGCUGUUAGAGAUCCUUCCUGGGUCAUGGCUGCCUAAAAUGCAUCCAAACAUUCAGUAUCUCCUCCCUCUGCAUGCAGACACUGAACUUUCCUCAUAGAGAUUCAUUGAUUCAAUUCAUCUCUAUGAGGAGAUGCUGAUUGGCCAGGGCUGUGUUUGAAUCAUGCUGGCUCUGCCCUGAUCUGCCUCUUUGUCAGUCUCAGCCAAUCCUAUGGGGAAGCACUGUGAUUGGAAUCAGGCUACCACUUCUGCUGAUGUCAGCAGGCAGUGGGCAGGUCUAAAGGAAACUUUGACAAAGCAAGCAGCUCCAGACUUAAAUACAAUUAAGAUUUUACAAUAUUUAGGGAGGCAUGAGGGGACCAGGGUGGCUAGAUGGUAGUUUUAACACUAUAGAGUCAGGAAUACAUGUUUUUGUUCCUGACCCUAUAGUGCUCCUUUAGUAAAAUCAGUUUUUUUUUUUUUUUUUUAAAUCUUCAAGAACAUUUUAGGUGUUAUAGUUGUGUAUAAUAACUUACUUUAUUCAUGAAUCAUGACACCAUCCUGUACAUGCACAUGGAUUUCAUAAUUCCACUGCAAAGUUCUGUUAAAAAAAGUCAAAGUACACCAUAUUCGUAUUAUUUUAUUAUUAUUUAUAUAUAUAUAAUUGCCUUUUCCCAUCUAUUGUCAUUAUUAAAUAACUUAUUUUCUGUUGCAGUUUUUCCUUGACAUUAAUUGAUGCUCUGGAUACUUUACUAGUAAGUGUAAAUUUGUAGCAAAAAUGCAUUAAAAUAUUAUUAAAGUAAAACACUUACGAGUGGCCAUUAUUUGCAGAUUUUCCCAUGGUUAUGAUGUGUAGCUAUACUUUGCACUCUAGGUUGAUUUACUUCAUCUUAAAGGGACACUGUAGGCAGUAUAACACUUUAAUCUUACUGAAGUGCUUAUAGUGCCUGGAGUCUGCUGGCACUGUCCCUCAAUUUAGUUUUAAACCAUUUUCAAGCAGUUUACCACUGAAUGAGGGUCUAUGGGUGCCCAUAGACCUGCCCACACUGGAGGUGUGGCUAAGUCAGAUAUUCCACACUUCCUUCUAGCCAUAGUGAUUCGUUCCUGAUUUGGCACUCUGAAAAUGGUCAACUGACACUCAGUCAAUCACUGGUGCUAUAGGGUAUUAAUGCUUCCUCAUUAACCCAACCAGUGGCUACUAGAAACUCUCGUGUAGCAUUAAAUCAUUAAAAAACAUUUAACGCUGAUUGGAAAGAUGGCCCAGGAGACUCCAGACAUUAUAAUCACUUUGCUGAGAUGUAGCAGUUAUACUGGCUACAUGGUCCCUUUUAAGAGCUAUAAAGCUAGCAUUGGAAUUUUGCAAUUCUGUACAAUUCACUCUACCUGAAUUUUUUGUCAAAUACUUUAUUUGAUAUACUUUGAAACUCAUUGAUUAUCCUUUGUAUACAGGACAUACUUUCUCCAUCUCCAAAUUUCGUUUCAUAAGUUGCCCGUCAAUUUGUAUAGAUGAUAUAUAUCCUAGAAAAUUUGUUAGAUAUUUCUGUUGGAAAAUUCAAUGGGUAAUUAUAGAUAAAUAUUAAAUUACUCAUGCUAGCACGUUUUUUUUCAAGCAUGUUUAUUUACAACCUUUUUUGUUUCUGACAAACCUUCUGUCUCUUUGUGCUCUCCUGUCUCUCAACUUCCUUCAUAUCUCUAGGCUUCCCUGUGCCCCUAAGCCCCCAAAUUAUGUCUCACAACCCUCACAUUUUAGCUCUACGUUCUUCCUGAUCUGUUUUUCCCCCAGACCCGGACUAUUUCUGCUUCCAGUGAUUCCUUGCAAUGUAAACAAAACUAGUACAGCAACAAAGAUUACUGGAAUUGGGGAAUAUUGACAGAUUUAUGUAAAAUGCCAAUCAAUUCGUAGUUAAAGUUACUUGUGGGGUUUCCAGUAAAACUAGUCAACUGAAUUAUGCUGAAUUAAAAUUUGACAGAAAGAGCUGAUCUGGAAGAAAAACAACACCGUUCAGCUGUAGUCACAGCUUUGCAAUUUUAAGCUUAAAGGGACACUGCAGGCACCCAGACCACUUCAGCUCAUUGAAGUGGUCUGGGUGCAAACUUCCAUCAUUCUUAACCCUGAGCAUGUAAUUAUUGCAGUUUUUAUAAACUAAAUUAAUUACCUGUAGGGUUAAGUUCUCCACUAGUGGACUUCCGGGUGCUUAGACAACUUUUGGUCGUCCUCACACUAUGCAUGAGGACUUCCAGCAUCACCGGAAUCCCCAUAGGAAAGCAGUGAAUAAUGCUUUCCUUUGGGGAAAUUGUAAUGCGAGCGCGGCCAUUGCCGCGCAUGCGCAUUAGGUCUGCCUCAGAGGAGCGUGGGCGGAGCUGAGCCAGCACUGGGGGACAUCCGCACUGGACCCAGGUAAGUGAUAUAAGGGGUUAUUAACCCCUUCUGCACUACAGGAGGGGGCCUUGAUAACUAAUGUAUCAGUUGGCAGACAGGAAAGAGUUUUCACACAGGGGUGGCUCCUGGAUCUCUCAGCUGAUUGGUCAUACCUCUCUCAUUAUGACCAAUCAGUGGUGAGUGGAAGGAACAGUGAUUUUUGUGGGCUAGUGUCAUAAUGAAUUACAAUACAUGCUAAAUACAAGUCUUGCAGUUUUUUCAUAAUUUGCUAUGUUCUUGUAUAAUCUGCAGAUCAUUGGCAAUAAAACAGAGUUCCAGAGAGUUGUAAACGUGUUACAGGAAAAAUUGGAUUUUGAUAUUGAUGUCAAUGCCUCUGUGUUCGAGACCAACAUUCGAGGUCAGCCUCUAAGAUCAAUCUCUGUUUAACUUUCACAUAAAUAUUUCUACGUAUGGUACAUUUUAAGACACAUUACAAUACUAUUUUUUAGUAUAAGCUGUUGAGAAAUUUUUACAGUCCUAAAGUGGAUACAAAUCUGUCCGAUGUGACAAUAAUUUUAUUUUACUUUUACAUGAUUGUCGUUCUUACAUGUUCUCUCUGUCUCACCAUUCAAUGUUUCCCCAGUUUUCUUUCCUUUGUAAUGGUUUUUUUAUUUAAUAUUUUAUAGACACAUUCAUGAUUAUUGAUAUUUUUAGUGGUAGGUGGUCUCCUGUCUGCUCAUCUCCUCUCCAAGAGAGCGGGCCUAGAUUUGGAUCCAGGAUGGCCUUGCUCUGGUCCCCUCCUUGAUAUGGCGGUAGAAGCAGCUCGAAAACUCCUUCCAGGUGUGCAAAAGGCAAAUCUCAUAUUAACAGCGUAAAAAAAUAAAUACUGCUAAAUUAUUUUAAUGUUAAGAGUAUAUGGCAUUCUUAAGGGGUCUAUUGUAGUUAGUACUCAUAAAGGACCGUUUCAAGCAGAAAGGUUGUUAAUGAUUUUCACGAAUGGUUUUGCAGCCUUUAACACGAAUACUGGGAUGCCUUAUGGGACUGUGAACCUUUUGAAUGGUGUUAACCCUACUGAAACACCAGUGACCUGUACAGCUGGAGUUGGGACAUUUAUAAUUGAGUUUGCAACACUGAGUCGCCUUACUGGGGAUCCAGAGUUUGAGACAGUGGCAAGACGGGCACUCAAAGGAUUAUGGGAAAGCCGGUCUGAAAUUGGGCUGGUAAGUCAAAAAAAAACUAAUAUUGUAUUUAAACUCGAGAAAAAACAAGUUACACUUUAGCCAUACAAAUUCUGUUUAUAUUUGGAUGGCAUUAAUUGUGUUGGUGGGUCAGCUGUUAAUCUUGGCUAAUAAAUUAUGUUCCCACAAUAGCAGCUGCAGCAAUGUCACUAGGUAUAAAAAAUGUUGUGUCCCUUUUGUGUCUGAGAUAUCACGUUCUAAAUCUUGCAUUGUGUCUACUAUGUAUUUUGCCUUCACAGGAUAAAUGGAGUACCAGAAGAGUUAGCAUCUUCCCAAUUAAUAGUUUUUUUUGUGUUUUUUUUUUUAGCUCUAAAUCAAAGUAAAAUAUAUUUCCUUAUAAUAUUUGCUGUAAGUUUGCCUUAUUGACAUGGGAAAAAAACUCCCUGGUAUUCAGUCACACUACAUAUCAUGGAGAAAGGUUUUAGUAAGUUAAACAAACUCCUUGCUUGGAUUUUCACAUAAUCUCUUCUGCUUUCACAGGUAGGAAACCAUAUAGAUGUUAUGACAUCCAAAUGGGUGGCCCAAGAUGCCGGGAUAGGGGCUGGUGUGGAUUCUUAUUUUGAAUAUCUCGUUAAAGGGGCAAUUCUGCUACAGGAUGAAGAGAUGAUGUCCAUGUUUCUGGGUAAGAGCAUCCAGUUUCAAACAUGAAUGCUUACUUAAGUUGAAAUUCAAAUAAUAUCCUGUAGGUCCUAAUUUCAAUAUAAUAAUACGCCUAAAGGAGCACUAUAAUGCCAGGAAAACAAACUCGUUUUCCUGGCACUAUAGGGUCAUUAGGUCCCCCCACCAUCAGGGCCCCCCUCCUGCUGGUCUGAAGGGGUUAAAACCCCUUUCAGCCACUUACCUUUCACCAGCGCCAGGCUCCCUCUGUGCUGGGGAUCUCUCCACCCCCUGCCGACAUCAGAUCCGAAUGCGCGCGCAUGUAUUCAAACAGCCCAUAUGAAAGCAUUACUCGGUGCUUUCCUAUAGACGUCCAGCGUCUUCUCACUGUGAUUUUCACAGUGAAAAUCGCGAAAGCGCCUCUAGUGGCUGUCAGUGAGAGAGCCACCAGAGGCUGGGUUAACCCUAGUGUAAACAUAGCCGUUUCUCUGAAACUAGAGGGACCUGGCACCCAGACCACUUCAGUAAAACAAAGAAAAUUACUGUAUCAGCUAAAAAUAUUAAAGGAAUUCAGCAUUGUUUGUACCUUUCAACUUUGUAAAUCGAUGUAGAUAUAGAAUUAAGAGCUAAAAACUGAAUUACAUUUACAUUGUACUUUCUUCAAGUCCAGCCCAUGUCAGGCCUGUAAUGUCCUGCAAUUGAUUUCAGGAAUAUCUUAUUUUGCUUUGUUUGAUGUUUUAUCUAAAACAAUUUUACUCUUCAGAAUACAACAAAGCCAUCAAGAACUUCACCAAGUAUGACGACUGGUAUGUGUGGGUACAGAUGUACAAAGGCACGGUUUCUAUGCCAAUAUUUCAGUCUUUAGAGGCUUUCUGGCCAGGAUUGCAGGUAACUGCGAUGUUUAUCGGAUGCUUUUCUAAUGCACCUAUUGUAAUUAAUGCACAAGUUUCUCCCCCACUAUUCAGUGCGUGAUGGCAACAGAAAUUAUCCAACGUUUCAAAAGUCCAACAACGGACGUACUCUUGGUUUGUUUUGAUGUGUGUUACAGGAAGUAUGGGGGGGGGGGGACCGGUUUAGGUGUCUUUAUGAUCUGUCAAUAGCCAUUUAUAUAUAAUUUGCAUUGGCACUUUAGAACAAGUACAAAGUCUAUCGUUUAAACAAUGUUUUAAUGCUCAGUGAUUUUUUUUUUUUAUGAAGAGAAGACAAAGGAAGCACUUAGACUUGUCAAUAUUUUUAACAGAUUCCUUGAACUGUAAAUGUAACAAACAUAACGUAUAAUGUUGCAUGUGUCGCAAAGUAUCCUAACGUCAUAAAUAUGUAAAAAAAUAUUCCCAUCUUUCUGUGUGUACUGCCCUUUACUUUAGUUAACGGUCCACUACUGAGUUCAUUGCAGAGCAACUCUAUAAUACAGACAGAUAUUGUUAGCUCCUAGAAAACAUGGUUAUUAGUGUAAAAAAAGAAGUUGGGAGAAAGGAAAUGUUCUAGCAGGACAAAAGAUAGUGUACGAUGGGAGUUGUAACGUUGGCUAACAUCUAGAUGAUCACAGCUUGAUAGUCGCUUUUUAGUAAAUAUUAUUGUGUAUUAUGUUGAGCACUAUGAUGCAGACCAAAAAGCUUAUUGGGCUCCACAAGAAGUUGAAUGUGGGCAGGAAUGAUGGGGUUCCAUAGAGAGAAUGGUAUUCAUGUCAUACUUUUUGUCCUGCAGAGCCUGAUGGGAGACAUUGGAAAUGCCAUGAGAACAUUUCACAAUUAUUAUACGGUGUGGAAGCAGUUUGGAGGAUUGCCUGAGUUCUACAAUAUUCCUCAAGGAUCCACUGUGGAUAAAAGAGAAGGUUACCCUCUUCGACCAGGUAUGUCCAGUAUGCAGAGUGCUGACUUUUAGAUUUGUUUAGGAUAUCUGUCCCAUCACUGAAACGGAUAUUGCUAAGAUAUGAUUGAUUGCAUUUUUUGAGAAUUGUAGGAUUUGGACUUGGAGACCAACAAAAUCUAUUGUUGGAGGGUCUCUUCCUGCUACAAAUUGAAGCAAGUUAAAGAGAAAGUGUUGUGAAAAUGUCACUUUAUCUGUCCAGUUUUGGAUGGUGGUAACAGGCUGUUAUUUCUGGGGAAGGCUUAGUCCAGUGCUUGCCUUGCAAUAAAUUUGACAACGUCAGCUUAUUAAAGGGGCUAUAUUGUUAGGAUACCACCCCAGCUUUUUGUUUAACUAACUUGUCAAAAUCACAAAGCAGGACUAUAAAGCAUAGCUUGUAGCUUCACCUACCAUCCCUGUCCAUCAGAGAAACGGGAUUUAUACUUUCAGCUGCCAUUCCAAAUCAUACUACUGAGUUGGUAUAGCAUUGCUGAUAUAAGGGGGCUUUCAGGUAGAGCUUUCCAGGAAUGAGUGAUUGCAAGUCCAGAGAUUAUCCUGGUGUCUGUGAUGUAUGAAUCUGCUGGUGUCCAUGUGUGUUUGUCUGUCACUACAGAGACCGGUCAUUCUUUGGCCAUGCAAGCACUUCAUUUUGGGGAAGAGCACCUACAAGUCCUUCUGACACCAGCGCUCUCUGCUUGAGUGUCAGGAAGUGUAAUUUCUGAUUGACAGGGUUUGUAGGUGGAGCUAGGAGCACUGCUUUAAAGCCCUCUUUUGUCAGUUUGACAAAUAAGUAAAAAAUAUUGGUAGGGUGGCUGACUUUGGUCCUAUUUAUUUCUAUGGUGACUGGUUUGAUUGUUUGUGCUGCAUAUAUCUACUUAUUUAAGGAAUGUUACAAGCACUUAACAAUCUAUAUAAGACGUUAUUCAGGAAGUAUAUGUCUGACCUGCGAGAGAACAGAGCUGAAAAAACUAUGAGCAGCUCUGGAUUAGAGGUACACCAAAUAUUGGAAACAGACGGGCCAGCAGAGCAUGAUUGACAGGGUUAUACACAAAGGUUCAAGGUGAAUUUCAAAUUUGAAGGAACACCAUAGUGUCAGGAAUACAAAUGUCUCCUGAAACUAUAGUUCUAAUAGCAAUGUUUAGGUCCCCAGCCCCCUGUCAGCAAAGUAAAAUGUGAGUUUACUCGCCUUUCUUCCAGUGCUGCCCAGAUCUUGUCGUGGCUGGUCCUGCCCCCGCUCCGCCUCUUUGACUUAGAUCAUCAAACUUGGCGAUCUCAGGCAAUCCACUAUUUUCCCAUAGGAAAGCAAUGGGAGGUUAUUGUGCAUGCAUGGCAAAACGCUGCACUGCACCAGUCACCAUCUCCGCAUAGAUAUGCAUUGAAUCGAUACAUCUCUUUUGAGGAACGUUCAGCGCCUCAGUACAGAGCGUGGAGACGCUGCACGUUGCAGCACUGACCCAAGAAGCGCUUUUGAAUGAAUGACACUAGAGGUGUUACUAGACAGCAAUGUAAACACUGCCUUUUUUUCGGAAAUAGCACUGUUUACAUUAAAAUGCCUGCAGGAACAUACUAUACACACCCCAGAACAACUACUUUAAGUUGUUGUUCUGGUGACUAUAGUGUCCCUUGAAGUUCAAAAUAGCCAAACUGGGAAAAUUCUCAAAGUCAACUAUGCUUUCAGUACAGCCACUCUGGCCUUAAAGGAAUACUAUAGUCACCAAAACAACUGUAGCUUAAUAGAGCAGUUUUGGUGUAUAGAUCAUGCCCCUGCAGUCUGACUGCUUAAUUCUCUGCCAUUUUGGAGAUACAUAAUUUUGUUUAUGCAGGCCUAGUUACACCUCCCUGCGUGUGACUUACACCGCCUUCCUAAAGUGAAUGACGCUGUGAGUGUUAUUAAGCCUUUCAUAGAGAGUACAGAUUUGCAGAGUUCUUCACUAACCUCACACAGACAAAUACUCACUAGGUACAGUGUCUAUAACCAUCACCUGGGCUACAGACACAAUUCCUAAUGGACUUCUCAAACAGCCAAAGUGGGACUGAGACACGCUUUCUCUUGUACUGUGCUAAAUACAAUGCUUUAAGGGAUGAAUACUUCCCCAAUAUAGCAACAACAUGGACUUCCAGUGUACCAAAAAUGGAAAUCAGUGAACUUGGCAGGGAGAAAGACAAGUUGCUGGGAUAGUAGCAAAAUAUCUUACAGAUUGAUACAGAAAUCACAUAUAUUGCAUUAAUUGAAAUUCUAUUGCUAUUGUUAAAGUCAAGCAUGUAUCAAUACCCUGCAAAUAACUUACUUCUGAAUCCUGAGUGUUCCUUUAAAUGGCUUAUUCCCCAAUGUGAAUGGAGAUGGAAGUUUUUCUACAGUAGUUUCAAUAAUAGAAUGUUGCUAGUAUCCUAAUCCAAGCUAAUGUAAACAUGUCAUUGUUAAAGGACCACUAUAGUGCCAGGAAAACAUACUCGUUUUCCUGGCACUAUAGUGCCCUGAGGGUGCCCCUCCUGCCAGGCUCUAGGGGGUGGAAGGGGUUAAACUUACCUCUUUCUCCAGCGCCGGGCAGGGAACUCUCCUCCUCCUCUCCUCCCUCUUCUUCCAUCACUGGCUGAAUGCUCAUGCGCGGCAAGAGCCGCGCGCAUUCAGCCAGUCCAUAGGAAAGCAUUCUCAAUGCUUUCCUAUGGACGCUGGCGUCUUAUCACAGUGGUCCUUUAAGCUGUAAUAAGAAACCAGAAUUUAAUUGCAGACUAAUUUGAACUGCUUUGUUUGUGGUUUAAAGAGUCAUUACCACCAGAAAGUUGAUACAGUAUAACCGGUCGCCAGGCAGCAGCGCUGGACAUUGAAUAAGCCUGAUGGGAGUUAGAGUACCUAGAGUAGAAGAAAAACAAGCAACAAACUGCACUCCAUUUAUGAACAGCAGCUUCCAUUUUAAAUAUUUUCAGUAUAUAUGAUGGGGGUUUUAGAAGUUCUGUGUAUAUUUAAAGGGUUGUGUUUAGAGGUGAACAUGCUAUAAGACGCCAAUAGCUGUGGACUAGAUAAUUUAGUAUCUUCUAACCUGCACAAUUCUGCUUUAAACAGCAUACUGUAAAGUAAUGUGAUCCCUGGACGCUACAACCGCCAGGGGUCACAACAGAGGUCCCUAAAGGAUCUGAUCCAUAUGUACGGUUCAUAGAAAUUAAAACAUAACUUUUAUUGAGACUUUGAAUCCUAAAAUCUUGGUAAGAAAAUCUAACAUGUCAUUAAGAUACACGAAAACGGAAAACAAGGAUAGGUGCCUAAAAUAAACGCUAUCGCCAUAUAAACUAACUAUAAUUAGUAUAGGCUGUACUAUCCAAUGCAACCGUGGCUCCUCUCUAGGGAACCUAAAUGAGCUAUUGCUCAUGCACUAGUGGCCAUCAAUAACACUUAUAGAUAGCCUAAUCCUGCUCCAUCAAGCUAUAUACUAUGAAUACUGCAACACACUCUGUGGCCACAUUCAGCAGGCAAUAAUAACUGAAAGGAUAUCACGAGUACGAUACUAGGGAUAUGAGGAUUGAUAUGGUCCCUUUCAUUUCUGUACGCUAUGUUAUAUAUAGCUUGAUGGAGCAGGAUUAGGCUAUCUAUAAGUCUAGCAACAGGGCGUCCAUCCUUCCAAGCCUUGUAGCUGGAGAUUUAGUACCACCUACUGUAGAUAGUUGUAAAUGUUGUAUAUUAUCCCCCCAUUGUAUAUAAUCCACCCCCCACUCAGACUCCCAGUACCCUGUUAUUGAUGGCCACUAGUACAUAAGCAAUAGCUCAUCUAGGUUCCCUAGGACAGCCUAUACUAAUUAUAGUUGGUUUAUACAGCGAUACCGUUUAUUUUGGGCACCUAUCCUUGUUCUCCAUUUUCGUGUAUCUUAAUGACAUGUUAUCUUUUCUUACCAAGAUUUUAGGAUUCAAAGUCUCAAUAAAAUUUAUGUUUUAAUUUCUACGAACUGUACAUAUGGAUCAGAUCCUUUAGGGACCUCCGUUGUGACCCCUGGCGGUUGUAGCAUCCAGGGAUCACAUUACUUUACAGUUUACCACAUAUAAGUGAAGGUUAACCCCCUGUUUUCCCUAACAGAUAUCUGCUGUUUCCCUUUUGGGCACCAGAACACUGUAAAUAUUUAAACAGCAUACACAUCGGCUGUACUUUUGGGAAACCAUAUGUAUGUUAAAAUACUUUGCUGAAACGGCCUAUCUCGCAGCAAAGAUAGCUGUAACUUGCUGUUCAGAUCAAUUAUCCCUCCCAUUGGUUAACUACCAUCAAUUACUAAGCAAGUAAUUGGUCCAAUACAUAUUAAGUAAAAUCAUGGAAAUAUGCAUAUUAAUAUGUAUAAUAAUAAUAAUAUAUAUAUAUAUUCUAUAAUAUUUAUAAUACAUACUUAUUUAGACAUUAUGAUAUAUUUGUAAUUGUUGGUGUUAGUUAACUUUAAAUUCUUUGUCCAGUCAUGGAAUCUGUGUGUGUGGCACUGACGUGUACUCUGCCUUACAGAGCUUAUUGAAAGUGCCAUGUAUCUGUAUAAGGCAACAGGAGACCCCACCCUUCUAGAGCUGGGGAGAGAUGCUGUGGAGUCCAUCGAGAAGAUUAGUAAAGUGGACUGUGGAUUUGCAACCGUAAGUGUCUUUUUUUUUUUUAAAUGUCAUUUAAAUACGUACAGACAAUGCAGGAAGAGAGCUAGGUGGUGGUUAAUAUAACACAGUAUGAUAUAUUGUGGAUUACAUAUGGCUAGGCAUCUACCCCCUGUUUUAAUAGCUGUUGAUAUCAUUUUUUUCUGAAGCAGGUUUACCUUGAAAAUUAAAAUGUGGCAAAUAAAUAAUGCCAAUCAAUUAGCUCAGGGUUUGCUGGUUUAUGGCUAAUUACAUUUAUUUAUUUUUAUAUAUUAUUAUUUUUUAUAUAUAUAUAUUUUUUUAUGAUGAAAGUUCCAGAUAGGAACUGAAACGUUGAUCUUUUAAAUGGAAUUUCAAUAAACUGUAAGUUUUAAACUCAACAAAAGUCCGAGAGUGCUGAUCACUACUUUACCAUAUGCAAUUUUUCCCUGGAUUACAAGCACCCGGCUUACAACUGUCUACAAGCGUGAGUGCAAGGAAACACUGUAUGUUAUAUAUUAUAUAAUCCAUAUAUUCACCGGCCAAAGAGAGCAAGUGAAAUUCUGAUCUUACUAAUACCUGAUUAUUGAAAAUAGAUAUUUCUGCUAAGACUACUCCUAUACAAGACAGUGCCACGCUAGAGCAGGAAUUAGACUUUCUGCCGACAAGUCCAUAAAUUUAAUAAUUACCAUAAUGUUGCACAAAGCUGUGAUAUUUUUUAGAUAUUUGCAGCAACUUUAUUAUGUCUGAUUUUGACUAGUGUGUCACAUGUACAGCUUACACUGCUUUGUUUUUGUUUUUGUUUUUUUUGUUUUAAUUAGUUUCAGAAAUUAAAUAAAUGUUAAGUUUCAGCUAGAAAGUAGUAAAAAUAAAACCGUAUCCCCCUCAUUCCAAGUUCAUAGACCCCUUGAAAUAUAUCCACAAAUAAAUGUUUUUAUUAUAUUCUCUAAACCAUGUACAUAUGUAACAUGGUUUAUAGAAUUGUAGUAGAUUAUUUUCUGCAAACCAAUUAGUUUGAAUGCCUAUCUGUUCCUGUCCAAAUUAAAGAUAAUAAAGUUGCGUGCACGCAGAAGUAAAUUCACACUGAGACACAGAGUUCAGGUUAAUGAAAGAACUUCGGAGAAGUUUAAUGGCUUCUACCAGAAAAUGGGUGCGCAGACCCUUAUAAAGGCAUUAUUACAUCACUGAAGAAUUCAAGAUAACAGCAAAUAGACACUAUUGAUUGGUCCAGGUGUUAAGUGGUUAGUUAGAUACCCUCCUAUCAAGAGGUGAUGUCAUCCUUGACACGGGAGUGGACACAAGAUGUAGGCGCCAUCUUGUUAGCACGAGGUGUUCACUCGAUGGGAGGGGUGCUUUGGCAGCCAUUUUGAGUAGUUAGUAUUGUUAGCUUCAAGGUUCUUUUAGUAAAUACACAUUUUAUUAUUCAGCACAUUUCUUCCUGACAAAGCAUUAGCUUAGAUAAUUUCAAGAAUUCUAUAAUUCUACAACAGAAUAGACUUAAAAAGUACUGCAUUGAUUAGAUUUGAUUCCUGUUAUAUUACCUCCUCUUAAAACUGGACCCUGUUUAGAUACUUGCUGCACACCUAUUAUCAUAUUAACGAAGAACAGACAUGUUUUAUUGGUAUUAACAGUUUUUAAUAUUAUUUUCAUUUUAUAACACCAUCACUUAUCUACAAUACAUGCUGUAUAAACAUGAAUUGUUUUUUGUUGAUUCUAAACUGAUAACAAGGAAUAAAAAGACUCCAUGUUCAGUGUCCUUUCCAAAUGCAUAAUUUAUUCAAACAUCUCACUUGCUGCCUUAUCAUUACAGACACUGGGAAUACACACUCUUUAUUGCUUUAUGGUUUAUUCCCAAUAAAAUGUCUAUUACUUGCUUAGGAUUUAUCACCAGCGCUGUAUUUGUUUUGUAGAUUAAAGAUGUCCGAGAUCACAAGCUAGAUAACCGAAUGGAAUCUUUCUUCCUGGCUGAGACUAUCAAGUACCUAUACUUGCUGUUUGACCCAGACAACUUCAUCCAUAACGAAGGUUCUAGUUUCGAUCUGGUGGUGACACCUUACGGGGAGUGCAUCUUGGGGGCAGGUGGGUAUGUUUUUAACACUGAAGCACAUCCCAUUGACCCGGCCGCCCUGCACUGCUGCAACAGGGACACACAGGAGAAGUGGGAGGUGGAAGACCUGGUUCGAGAAUUCUUCUCUAUUAAGAGGACUAAGGAGGUCAGGAGACCAAACGCAGAACAUAAACAGAAAACCGAGAAUUCUGUAAUGCUGAACAGAACUAAAAGAAAACGAACUUCACUCCUUCGCUGUCCUAGUCAACCGUUUAGUUCUAAACUUUCAGUUUUUGGCCAAGUAUUUUUAGACUGAUAUUGGCUUGCUCAAUCAGGUAUUUUUUUUUGUCCUCGUUUUCUCUUUACAGAACUUAUCAUUUAUCAUUUUGGUUCUUCGAACCAUUCUAAUUUUCCAGAAAAAAUGCCAAAGGACCCGCAGAUGGUAUAUGUGUGUUGGAACACAGACAUGAAGUACAGUGUUUAUCUUUAUAAACUUAAUAGUAUUGGACGGUUUUUAAUGUUCUGAUUGCUCUGUGACAAUGAAUUGUUUAAAUAGCAGAGGCAAAACGGUGAGUGUGAAAGGUUGAGCAGCAUUAUAGUGAUAUUAUGGAGUUGCAUUCAUCAGAAAGAAGUGCUUAUCAUUGUAGAUCACACCGAUAAACAACACUGGUUAAAGGGACACUCCAGGCACCCAGACCACUUCUGCCCAUUGGAGUGGUCUGGAUGCCAACUCCCACUACUCUUAAGCCUGCAACUGUAAUUAUUGCAGUUUUUAUAUAAACUGCAAUAAUUACAUUGCAGGGUUAACUCCACUUCUAGUGGCUGUCUACUAGACAGCCACUAGAGGGCACUUCCUGAUUCAUAGCAAAGAUUUUCUUUGCUAAAGCGUCGCUUGACGUCCUCCCGUUGUGUGAGGACCUCCAGCGUUGCUCAAUUUCCCAUAGGAAAGCAUUGAAAAUCUUUUUCAAUGCUUUCCUAUGGGGAGACCUAAUGCACAUGCGCGGCAUUGCUGUGCAUGCGCAUUAGGUUUCCUCAGCCGGUGGGCGGGAUCAGUCUCACCCACCAGCUGACGCGAUUACUGGGAGGAGCGACGCCGACCCGAAACCACCGCCGAGGGACAUCGGCGGGGUCUCAGGUAAGUGUCUGAAGGGGUUUUCACCCCUUCAGCUACCUGGAAUGGGAGGUGGGAGGCAGAGGGUGCCUGCAGUGCCAGGAAAAAGGAUUGUUUUCCUGGCACUGGAGUUUCCCUUUAAGAUGCUUACUCCAUAACAUACUGUGAGCUGUAAAUUUGUCUCUCCCUCUCUCCUGCUCUUAGUGUGUUUUUUGUAUCAAUUACUUUCAGCCACAGUGUUGGUGAGAGUUACAACCCAAUGCAUCUUGAGAGCAGGUGUGCUCAUUAUCCAACAUGGAUAGCCUCCCAACACUAUGGACAGUGGGCAUUGUUCAAUCCUUAUAUAUCUCCAAACUAUAACAGCACUUUUCAAACUGGUGAUGUAAUGAUGCCCUCCUCUUAUGAACGCAGCAAUGUUACAAUGUGGCUGUUUAGAUGCAACAUUUUAAAUGGAUACACUUCAGAAUAAUGAUGGCACCAUUGGAUGUCUCGUUUGUUAUCAAUGGCCAAUUGUCGCAUAACUUCUUUGUACUUCCAUUGUCCUGUAUGACGCUGAUCCUGUGCAUGCAAACAGUCCAGGAUUGAAGCAAUUCCCAGUUCUGUGCCAAUGGGAAUAGUGAGAAAACCUGAAUGGUUAUUGUGCCUUGAACGUUGGAACCACUGCUAAGCAUUUUAGUGAUUGGGUGAGCUUUGAUGAACACUGCAAAACCUACAGAUUUCUUAUGAGUGUUUUUCCCCCAGCAGUUUGUGGUUUGGUUGUUUUUUUGUUUUUUUUUAAGAGCUAGCUCUGUUUUAUAUUACUUGUUUUAGAAAACCUCUGUAGUCUACUCAGGAAAUUUUGUGGGGAAAUGUAUUAAAAAUCUCAGUGUCCUAAUGUAGCAGGAAGAGGGUGAUCCCUGUUCAAGAGUUUGUUGUACCAGACCUGGAGUGGAGAAAGCUGUAACAAAAUAAUUAAUAUGUACUAAUUUCAGCUAUUGAUAUUUCAUUAAAACUCUUUAGUGAAUGGGAAGGUAUGAUGCUUUCUUGUGAAAGCAACCCAAUAAAAUAAUUAAAAUUAGUACAAUUUAUUAGAAUUGCGAUAAACAUCCUUCUCCAUCUCAAACACGAGUCAUGUUUCCUUUCCCCCCCUCCCAUUUACUGCGAUACGCGUCCUAUGGCACAUCAGGGUCAGGGGUUGUGGAACUAUACAAUCUGUUAUGUAUGCUAUGAAGAGAAUAGUCAUAGCCCACAGAAGCUAACGUGCAAAAGAUUUGCAUUUUUGCUUUUUUUUUUUUUAUCUUUCUACUUGCUAUUUAGUGGGAACUCAACAGUGCAGAAUACUUUUGUAUGAGUAUUAUAACAUAAAUGACUUCACUAAUAUUGUCUUGAUUGCCCUUAAAAUGACACUCCACUGCCCAAAUAAAAAAAUCACUGUUUAGUAGAUAUAUAAUCGCCAAAUGAAAACUUUUUUCUUUUUUUUUCUUUUUUUUAUUGGGGGUUUAUCUAAAAACUUCAGCAAGUUUAAAUGAUUAGGUGUCUGAAGUGUUCUUUUAAGUUUUUUUUUAUUUUUUUAUUAAAAAAAAAAAAAAAAGGGAUUUCACAUUAUUUUAAUAAGGUAAAACCUACAAACUUCCAAGGCCUGUGUUUAAAAUAAUGUGCAGCCAGGAGUUAUAUGUAGAUCCUAGUGCAAUAAGACAGACUAUCCUUUGGUUUUGUACUUUAAGGUUUUGUUCCUUAUCUCAGUGGGUAGAGAGGAAAAAAUCAUCUUGUCUAAUCCUACCUGAUAAGUUUGGCAGAUCCUUUUAUGGAGCAGAACUCUCUACCAUGCUACCUCUAAUGUGCAGUUCCAUUAUGUUAGAAGGGAAAGAGAUUACAUUUCAUAUCUUGGUGUACUAACACAGCAUGUGUCAGUGGGGAUCAUGCACUAGAAUUCCUUCUCGUCACAGGGAACAACCUGAAGCUCUACUACUUUGAUCACAUGUGUUUAAGGGGAUCGCGAUGAGUGCGUAGUUCACAGGCCAACUAGACUUCUAGGACCUGGUGGCCGUGACAACUUCACCCAACUCUAGUCAGGUGGGUCUAUUGACAAAUAUAGAAUAUAUUGGUUGAAUCGCUCCAUGCUUGUUAAAGGAUAACCUGAAAUCUUGGAGAACCUAAAAUUAGGAAGCUCUGUUUUUGGAAUAUGGCUGCAAUCCUCUUCCUCUCAAAUUGACCAAUUCAGUUUUUUUUACAUUUACAGUGUAUUUGGGGGAGGGGGUGCUGGAAAUCAAAUUUUCAUGUUGCUCGAGGUCAUCUUACAUAAGACUGGCAUUCCGAUUUCUGUCCAGGGAAGAUUACAAUUGCUGUAAAUAUUUUAUUUUCCACUUUAAUAAAUUAUAAGAACAAA